CCAAAAGAGAAGGAAUCAGAGAAUAGAAGAUGGCUUGUUUUUGACAUUUUCCUAAGCAUUCAUUUGAAGUUGUCAACUUGUUUGAGCAAGUCUUGUCCUGUGCUUCAGACAUGAAUUACCCAACUCACUCAGAUUCCAACCCAAAUGUCAACUAACCGGCGCAAUAGUCUCAGCUCCCAUUAAAUUAGCCAUUUUGUCUGCUAUGGAUAUCCCUGUGUGCUUAAGCUUUGACCUCUGCAAAUAUUUACAUUACAUAAAAUAGUUUAAAAAAAGCAGACGAAUUCAAACUAGUUCAAUCCCUUUUCUUCCGUUGUUCUGUUUCUUAUCUUGGGAUUCAAAAAUCCCAAUUUCCCUGCUUGGCUGCCUCGAUUGGAAAAGAAAAGGAAAGGAAAGGAAAGAAAAUAAUAAUCUCUUCUCGCUCUGUUUCUGUGACAUAACUUAAAGACAGAUGGAAAUUUCCCAACUUUUAUAGCUUUCCAUCUUUAUGAGGCUAAUCACAUCAAUGGCUACCUUAAAAGCCAAGCAAGAAUAACAGAAUACUCACAGCCCAAUCUCGGAAAUUAAAGAAAGCGACAACCACCACCGCUGAACCCCACAAAAAAAGUCUUCUUCUUUAGCCCACCACCUGCUUUUUUCCAUCUCAGAACCGCAUAAUUGACACAUGUCUCACAUCUUCAGGGACAAAGCCCUUGGCAACUCCAAGAGACACACCCAAAUCACUCCACCGGCCGUAGUCAUGCCCAGUUAUCCCAUUGAAGACCUUCAGUCCCCUUUCUCUGAUGCCGCUCCCUCCUUGUCUGACUCGGAGCUUCGAGAAUCCGCCUAUGAAAUUCUAAUUGGGGCUUGCCGGAGUUCCGGGAGCAGGCCCUUGACUUACAUCCCACAGUCUGAGAGGAACGCUGAUAGGGCUUCGGCUCCUGCUCUCACGCCUUCGCCUUCGCUGCAGCGGUCGUUGACGUCAACGGCUGCAAGUAAGGUAAAGAAGGCACUGGGGAUGAAGUCGGGUUCGACGAAGAGGAGAAGCGAUGGCGGUGAGUCAGUGAUGGAAGGGAAGACUAAGAAAACGGUGACGGUUGGAGAGUUGGUUAGAGUCCAGAUGAGAGUAUCUGAGCAGACCGACUCCAGGAUCAGGCGAGCCCUGUUGAGGAUUGCUGCUGCUCAGCUUGGAAGGCGCAUAGAGUCGAUGGUUCUGCCACUGGAGCUAUUGCAGCAGCUCAAGUCUUUGGAUUUUCCUAGUCAACAAGAAUAUGAAGCUUGGCAGAGGAGAAAUUUGAAGCUUCUAGAGGCUGGACUCCUUUUGCAUCCUCACCUGCCACUGCAUAAGACUGACUCGGCUCCUCGACAAUUCCAGCAGAUUAUUCGUGGAGCAUUAGAAAAACCCAUUGAAACAGGAAAAAACAGUGAAUCUAUGCAAGUUCUCAGAAGUUUAGUUAUGUCUCUUGCUUGCAGAUCAUUUGAUGGAUCUACUGAAAAAUGCCACUGGGUGGAUGGGUUUCCCUUAAAUUUAAGAAUCUACCAAAUACUCUUAGAGGCUUGUUUUGAUGUUAAUGAUGAAUCAAUUGUUAUUGAAGAAAUUGAUGAGGUUUUAGAACUCAUUAAGAAGACUUGGGCAGUCCUUGGCAUGAACCAGAUGUUGCAUAGUCUCUGCUUUUUGUGGGUUUUAUUUCACCACUAUGUUGCAACUGGCCAAGUUGAGGAUGACCUAUUGUUUGCUGCUAAUAAUCUGUUGAUGGAAGUUGAAAAGGAUGCAAAAACAACUAAGGACUCGGAUUAUUCCAAGAUUUUGAGUUCCAUAUUAAGUUCCAUAUUGGGCUGGGCAGAGAAAAGGCUCCUCACUUACCAUGAUAGUUUUCAUAGUGAUAAUAUAGAAUCAAUGCAAAGUGUUGCUUCCCUGGCUGUUGUGGCAGCAAAAAUAAUGGUAGAGGAUAGCUUUCAUGAGUAUCGUAGUAAAAGGAAAGAAGUUGAUGUAGCUCAUGAGAGGAUUGAAAACUACAUAAGAUCAUCAAUGCGAACAACUUUUGGUCAGAAAUUGAAGAAGUUGAACUCAAGCAAGCAUUUUAGACACCAGCAGAAUCCCCUUCCUGUCCUGUCCCUCCUUGCACAAGACAUUACUGAACUGGCUUUUAACGAAAAGGCAAUGUUUAGUCCAAUAUUUAAGAGAUGGCACCCACUUGCAGCAGGUGUAGCAGUAGCCACCCUUCAUUCUUGCUAUGGGAAUGAACUGAAACAAUUUGUUUCGAAUAUUAGCGAAUUGACACCUGACUCAAUACAAGUUUUGAGUGCUGCUGACAAACUGGAGAAAGAUCUUGUGCAGAUUGCAGUUGGAGAUUCAGUGGACAGCGAGGAUGGUGGAAAGUCGAUAAUUCAAGAGAUGCCUCCUUAUGAGGCUGAAGCUUUAAUUGCCGAUCUUGUAAAGUCAUGGAUAAAGACAAGAAUUGACAGGCUGAAGGAAUGGGUCGAUAGGAAUUUGCAACAAGAAGUAUGGAAUCCACGGGCAAACAAAGAGCGGUUUGCUCCUUCUGCUGUUGAAGUUCUACGAAUUGUUGAUGAAACUUUGGAGGCAUUCUUCCUAUUGCCGAUUACUAUGCAUCCGACCUUGCUUCCUGACUUGGUCACUGGGCUUGACAGAAGUCUUCAAAAUUACAUAUUGAAGACUAAAUCUGGCUGUGGGACCCGGAGUACUUUCUUACCUACACUGCCUGCAUUGACUAGAUGUACAGCAGGAUCAAAAUUUCAUGUAUUUAGAAAGAAAGAGAAGUCUCAUGUAGCCCAGAGAAGGAAAUCCCAGGUUGGAUCUACAAAUGGGGAUACCUCCUUUGGUGUACCCCAGCUCUGUGUUCGUGUUAAUACUUUGCAGCAUGUUCGCAUGCAGUUGGAAGUUUUGGAAAAGAGGACAGUUGUUCAACUGAGGAAUUGUAGAGUAAGUCAUGCUGAUGAUUUUGCUAAUGGGUUGGGGAAAAAGUUUGAGCUUUCAGCUGCUGCAUGUGUGGAAGGGAUACAACAACUCUGUGAGGCAACAGCAUAUAAGGCUGUCUUUCAUGAUCUAAGUCAUGUCCUUUGGGAUGGGCUAUAUGUUGGAGAAGUUUCGUCUUCAAGGAUUGAGCCUUUUCUUCAGGAACUUGAGCAGUAUUUGGAAAUUAUUUCAUCUACAGUGCAUGACAGGGUGAGAACUCGUGCUAUCACCGAUGUGAUGAAAGCAUCCUUUGAAGGGUUUCUACUAGUCUUGCUUGCUGGAGGUCCUUCUCGAGCUUUCACGCUGCAUGAUUCUGAAAUGAUUGAGGAUGAUUUUAAAUUUCUCACAGAUUUGUUCUGGUCCAAUGGUGAUGGAUUGCCCAUUGAGUUGAUAGACAAGUUCUCAACAACAGUUAAAGGUGUACUCCCGCUAUUUCGUACCGACACAGAGAGUCUGAUCGAGCGAUUCAGAAGUCUUACUCAGGAGAGUUAUGGCACUUCUGAUAAAUCCAGGUUUCCGUUGCCUCCAACUUCAGGCCAGUGGAAUCCUAUUGAACCAAACACACUAUUGCGAGUUUUGUGUUGUCGGAGUGAUGAAACAGCUGCAAAGUUCCUGAAGAAGACUUACAACUUACCUAAGAAACUAUAACCACUGUAGAUAUAUAGGGAAACAAAGUAUUCUGAUCCAAGGCUGUGAAAUGAUUGUUGUGGCUUCAGUAGUAUGUAUUUUAUCCUUUCAUCAAAAGCUCCAAUGGGACAGAUUUUGUUGGGGGAGCAUUUCUUAGAGUGACUACACACAGAUUGGUAUAUUCUUCUGAGUUUGAACUUUUCGUGAAGCCAUUACCAGAGAGCUCCACAAGAUUGCUUCUGCUCUUUUCUGCAGCAGAAUAAUAACACUGGAAUUUCUGCAGACAUUUGGUGGACAUGGUGAGACUCUAUGGCUUUUCUUUGAUCUUAUACUCAUCCUCAUUUCUCAUACUAUCUUCUGCUGUGGAGACUGACCGCUGAUAGAUGCUUGAUAGUACUGUGAUGAAUGAACUGUUGGUUUUGAGUUUCUAGAUUGACUGAUUGAGCAGAAUUGUAUCUUAUAGUUUUCUUUCAAAGGAUCAAAUUAAGCCACCUAUUUAUUAGAUAAUAUUUCUUGGGAAAAUAUAAUCUGAAACAGUGAUACUUCUUGA